AUGCAUGCAGCGGCAUGCAAAUCUUCGUUUAUUGUAUCAGUAUCAUUAAUUGCUAAGUAUUCCGCCAUUUUGGAACCAUUAGCAAAUAUACUUCAAAUGAAGACACUUGAUAUAGUUAAAGCCAACGAGCAUAUUCAAACUAUUGUUGAAAUGCUAAGAGAUCAUCGUAAGAAUGCAGAAAACGUAACGGCUGAAAUUUUAAAAGAAGCAGGCGAUAUAGUAAAGUCUUCGAAUGUUGAUAUAACUGUCGCUCGUAUUGCUGGCCGACAAAAGCAUAGAAACAACCCUCCAGUCGAAAACCCAGGCGACUUUUGGAAAAGAUCUCUCAUAAUUCCUUACUUAGAUUCAAUCAUUGGAUCUCUACAAGUAAGAUUUUCCACAGACAAAUCACCUGCAUUUUCAUUAACCCAUUUUCAUCCGGGUAACAUGAAACAUGUUUCAUUGGAAGAAUGGAAAAAAAGCACGUCAUCUUGUGAAAGUUUCUACAAUUUGAAAGGCAUUGAAGGAGAAAAUUAUGGUUCAAAAUGUGGAAUAAGGUGCAGGAAAUACCAGACAUCACCGAGAUUUUGA